AUUUUUCCACUAUAAACUAUAAAUUAUCCUCUUUAUGUCCUUUUCUCGGUUUUCGAAGCCAUUCCUUUCUUUUCUCGCUCUAUCAACUGUUCCUUUUCUUUUCGCUCACUCUCUCUACUUCUCUCUCCUCACCUUCCGCCGGAAAACAACCGUUUCUCGACGGAAACCGCUUAUCUCUCCGGCCUAUAGCCCCGUAUCUCGCCGGAAAACCACGAAUUCGGAUUGACUGAUUUGUUUAGUUUCGUGUCUCUGACUCGGUUAUUGACGACUUUUUUUCUGGAUCUCUUGAGGUUGGCUCUGUUUGUUCAUGUUUGGCACGUUUUGAGAGAAUGUGGCGUGCUUGAUUGGGGCUAAUGGCUUCGUUGGAGAAGAUCGUGAUCUAGGGUUUGGAAUUGGUGUAUUUUGUUGAUUUUAGUUUCGUUUCUGUUGGCUACAAUUUGAUUAAAACGGAGGCGAAUAGAGACCGACUACGGAAUGAAAUGGUGGAAGGAAGGGUAUGCUUGUCCAGAGAAGCUAGAAAUGGGCUAGAAUACUUAAAGCAUAGAAGGCUUCAGCGAAUGAAAUCAGAAAGUGUCACAGAAACUGUAAGUGUUCCCAAUAUGAUGGGUAGAAGCAGAGGAGAUAAUUUAAGGGCUUCAGCAUCAUGUGGUGUUAGGGUACAUGGUAAUGCAGAAUCAUUAUCUCGGUCUGCUGGUGCUUCAAGUGGGAAGGAUGUGUUUUCAAAGCCAAAGAUGGAUAAGUUUGACACGAGUAAUUUAGAAUGGACUGAGAAAAUUCCUGAAUGCCCUGUCUAUUGUCCGACAAAGGAGGAGUUUGAGGACCCCUUGGUGUAUUUGCAGAAAAUAGCUCCAGAAGCUUCAAGAUAUGGUAUAUGCAAGAUUAUUUCUCCUGUGAGUGCAUCUGUUCCUGCUGGGGUUGUAUUAAUGAAAGAGAAAGCAGGAUUCAAGUUUACAACUAGAGUACAGCCUCUUCGUCUUGCUGAGUGGAAUACUGACGAUCGAGUCACCUUUUUUAUGAGUGGAAGAAAUUAUACAUUUCGUGAUUUCGAGAAAAUGGCGAACAAGGUUUUUGCCCGUAGAUAUUGUAGUGCCAGUUGUCUUCCUGCAACAUACUUGGAAAAAGAAUUUUGGCAUGAAAUUGCUUGUGGAAAGACAGAAACAGUUGAAUAUGCAUGCAAUGUCGAUGGUAGUGCCUUUUCAUCAUCUCCCAGUGACCCGCUUGGAAAUAGCAAGUGGAAUUUGAAGAAUCUUUCCCGGCUGCCGAAGUCCAUUUUGCGCCUUCUGGGAACAGUUAUUCCGGGGGUAACCGAUCCUAUGCUUUACAUUGGAAUGCUGUUUAGUGUGUUUGCUUGGCAUGUAGAAGAUCAUUAUUUGUAUAGCAUCAACUACCAUCAUUGUGGAGCGUCAAAAACUUGGUAUGGAAUUCCGGGUCAUGCUGCUUUAAAAUUUGAAAAAGUGGUCAGAGAACAUGUGUAUAGCCAUGAUAUUCUAUCCACUGAUGGGGAGGAUGGAGCUUUUGAUGUACUUUUGGGGAAAACAACUCUGUUUCCUCCGAAUAUAUUGUUAGAACAUGACAUCCCAGUUUACAAGGCUGUGCAAAAGCCCGGGGAGUAUAUAAUCAGUUUCCCUAGAGCUUAUCAUGCGGGAUUCAGCCAUGGUUUCAACUGUGGCGAGGCUGUAAACUUUGCAAUUGGUGAUUGGUUUCCUUUGGGGGCUGUAGCGAGCCAGCGCUAUGCACUUCUCAACAAAGUUCCUCUACUUCCUCAUGAAGAACUUUUGUGCAAAGAAGCAAUGCUUCUUUAUACAAGUCUGGAACUUGAAGAUUCAGAUUAUUCCUCUGCAGACUUGGUUUCCCAUAAUUGGACUAAGGUGUCUUUCGUGCAACUGAUGCGAUUCCACCAUUUUGCUCGCUGCUCUGUAAUGAAAUCGAGAGCAUGCACUGGCAUUUUGCCAAAUAUGAAUGGGACAAUCUUAUGCACCUUAUGUAAACGAGAUUGCUAUGUGGCAUUCCUUAACUGCAGCUGUGACUUGCAUCCUGUGUGCCUUCGACAUGAUUUCUGUUCACUUGACUUCUCGUGUGGGAGAAAUUACACACUGUUUUUGAGGGAUGAUAUUUCCAACAUGGAAGCUGCAGCCAAGAAGUUUGAGAAGGAAAAUGGCAUAUUAGAGGAGAUUAGAAAGCAAGCAAACAUUGGUGAUGAUUUGUACUCUUAUCCAUUAUCCAUUAAGUUUCAUAGUGUUCCUGAGGAUGGGUACACUCCUUAUUGUGGUAAAAGCUUUGAUUUUAAUUCUGAAACUCCUGUGAUAAGUCGGGAAUGUUUGCAAGAGUUCAGAGAAUCCAAAAACAAAUAUGGCAUUGAAAAUUUUAAACCUGAAUACUCAGAAGCUUCCGUUUCUUGUGCUGCAUCUACUCUGUGUUCUCUGGGAGAGCCAGUUGAAAGCUUUUCUACAUCUGACAAUGGAAAGGUGCAGGCUGAUUCCAAUGCAGGGAAAAUUGAUUCUAAAAGGUUAUUUGAGGAAGGAUUGCACCGCAAACAUGGGUCCUCGGUAUCCUCUCUAUCACAUGAUGAAUUCCUGAGAACCCAGCAAAGUAAUCUUUGUGGGUUAGAGGCUAAACCCAGUGUUGAUGAACAAAGUGAUGAUUCUGACUUGGAGAUAUUUAGGGUUAAGCGCCGGUCUUCUCUGAAAGUGGAAAAAAGAGUUGUGAAUGAUGCUUCAUCUUCAAAGAAUUAUGAACACCAGGGGCUUAGAAGACUGAAGAAACUCCAACCUGAAGGAAGAUAUGGGCAAAGAACUUCAUCUGAAUGCUGCAGAACUGACGAAUCAAAUCGCAGUUCUACUUCAGGUUCAGAUUAUAAGGAAGCGCCAGAGAGUUCUUUAAAGGACAGGUUUGCCAGGGGAAGUAUUAUUCCAAUCUCGAUCAAGUUCAAGAAGUUGAUCAAUGAGGAAGCAAUGAGUAGACAGCGAGAACAACACAGAAGGGACCGGUUCCAGCAUGAAUUGGGAAAGACUGUGAGGAAACCCCCCCCUAUAGCGAUUGGACCUAAGCGUCUUAAAGUCAGAAGCCCAUCAUUUCUAGGUUCAGAGAGCAGAUUAUAUUGACUUUAUGAUCACAUGGUUGAUGGGAAAACUGGUUGGCCGGCCUCUGUAGUAUUAUCCAGAGCCUGACUUCGCUAACAUUUUUUUUUUUAUCUAAACGGGGUUCUAACAACACGGAAUAUCCAAAAGAUUGAUUAUGGGAGCAGCGGCAAAGAUUAACCAACUCUAGGACAUACUUUCAUUCUUUGUGCAGGCCUCCAAUUAGGGUGCCUUGCAUGGAUGUUGAUUCUUCGGGUUCUCAUGCCUGGGUGUUUUCCCGUCUUUUGGCAGGAGAACGAACCUGCUAGCUGAAAGUAGAAUGUGAUUAGUAACUGUAAAUUUGUUUUUAACAGUCAAAUUAAUUCUUGCAAGUGGAUAUUCCACUGCUCCUUAAUUUAAAGUCAAGUCUGCUGCUACCUCAGGUUCUUUAUUCUUUUUGUAGCAAUGGACACCUUGAAUAAAUGCAGGGAAGUAUUCUCUCUC